UUAUCUAAAAAUAGUGCUGUGACUACAGAACGAGGACAACAGCACAACCAAUAGAAAGGAAAUGGCUCCACCAAACCGGGCGCUAACCAAGUGAGUGUCCUGUGCGGAGCGUUGUAUAAGCACGUCCCCCGACUCCGCUCACUAUGGUGUGCUUUUGAGGAACAAAGUAUUGGCAGUAAUAAAUACUAACGGUAUUUAAGUUAAAGUAAAGAUGACGUUUUUCCAAAAUAGGGAGGGAUCUCGGUUAGAAAUAGGCUCUAUAAGCAUGGCUGUCGGACUUUGAAAGAGCCGUCAAAUGUCUUAGACAGAGAAGCCUGCCAGAAUCCCAAAUGGAAAAUGACUCCAGAGUGAUUGCCGCUUCGUGGACGCUUGUGCGAUAGCGCGGCUAAUCGAUGUAAAUGACAGGAUGAACAUCCAUUCCGUUAUCCGGACCCGGUUUUCUCCUGGCCGCGCGCAGAGUCGAGUGUGUUUGGAUUGGUGGAGGCAGCAUGGCACUGGCGCGGCUCGCGCUCCCCUUCAACUCUCCGUCAGAACGCGAGACGCGCGCUCGAGACGAGGUCGUUCCACGUUCCCGGGAGCGAAGAGGUCCCGUUAACGGGCGGAAGCGAGAACUUCAGUGACGGUCGUUGUUACCCAAACAGGAACCUACCGCUGGCAGCGUGAUAGUCCGCGCGCGUCGGCGACUUAGCGAAGCCCCCGCAGACAGCGCGCACGCCGCCAACGCGGAGGAUACCCGCACGGGAACAUUCGCACCGGACGGCAGAGGCGCGCUCCGCUCGGUGUCGGAAGCAAGACGGCGGAUCCAGCGGAACCGCUCAGUGCAACCAUCGCGUGCGUUGAAGUGUGUUGAAGUUUGGUUUCGGUAGCGCGAGCCGAAGCGCUGCUUCCCGGUGGUGGAAAUUCAUCUCGUCGGCAGCAGGCGACGGAUUCGUCCGGCCGCGGAGUUCGACUGUUCAUAUCAUGGGGAAAAGUGGAAAGACUGCGAAACGGGAAAGAAGGUGUACUGGAUUCUUACUGCAGAUGAUGUCUGUGUCCAUGUUUCUGUUUCCUGUCUUCGUCCACAUUAGUUUGGCUCAAGGGGACGACGACUACUUGGGAUUGGGCGAGCUUCCCGAGACCUUCCCGUCGGACCCGCCUGAGCCCCUCCCCCACUUCUUGAUGGAGCCUGAGGAGGCGUACAUCGUCAAGAACAAGCCCGUCAAUCUGUACUGCAAGGCCACGCCCGCCACACAGAUCUACUUCAAGUGCAACAGCGAGUGGGUCCACCAGAAGGAGCACACGGUGGAGGAGCGCGUGGAUGAGACCUCCGGGCUGGUGGUGAGAGAGGCCAGUAUUGAGAUCACUCGGCAACAGGUGGAGGAACUCUUUGGCUUGGAGGACUUCUGGUGUCAGUGUGUUGCCUGGAGCUCUGCUGGCACCACCAAGAGCCGCAAGGCUCACGUCCGGAUCGCCUAUCUCAGGAAAACAUUUGACCAGGAGCCUCUUGGGAAGGAAGUGUCUCUAGAACAGGAAGUGCUUCUUCAGUGCCGCCCACCUGAAGGGGUACCUGCUGCAGAGGUGGAGUGGCUGAAGAAUGAGGAGAUCAUCGACCCCGCUGAUGACCGCAACUUCUACAUCACCAUCGACCACAACCUGAUCAUCAAACAGGCCCGCCUCUCCGACACGGCCAACUACACCUGCGUGGCCAAGAACAUUGUAGCCAAGAGGAGAAGCACCACAGCCACCGUGAUAGUUUAUGUUAACGGAGGGUGGUCGACGUGGACGGAGUGGUCGGCCUGCAACACUCGCUGUGGGAGGGGCUUCCAGAAGAAAACUCGCAGCUGCACCAAUCCGGCGCCCCUCAACGGCGGCGCCAUAUGUGACGGCCAGGCCAUCCAGAAACUGUCUUGCAACGUGUUAUGUCCAGUGGACGGGCUCUGGACAGAGUGGAGCAAGUGGUCAACGUGCGGGACGGAGUGCACACACUGGAGGCGUCGUGAGUGCGGCGCGCCGGCACCCAAGAACGGAGGCAAGGAUUGUGAGGGCAUGGUGCUCCAGUCCAAGAACUGCACGGAUGGCCUCUGCCUGCAGAGUUCCCUAAAUCAGAAGUCCUCUGAAACUAAAGGAGAGAGUGAUGCUUUUGGAUAUCCAUCUGCCCCCAGCACGGACGAUGUUGCCCUGUACGUAGGCAUCGUCAUUGCUGUCAUCAUGUGCUUCGUCAUAUCCGUCAUCGUGGCCCUUUUCGUGUACCGCAAGAACCACCGUGACUUCGACUCCGACAUCAUCGACUCCUCGGCGCUCAACGGCGGAUUUCAUCCAGUGAGCAUUAAGACGGCACGCACAGCCGACCUCCUGACCGCCCCUCCGGAUCUGACCUCGGCGGCGGCCGUGUACCGCGGCCCCGUCUACGCCCUCCACGACGUGGCCGACAAGAUCCCCAUGACCAACUCACCGCUGCUGGAGCCGCUGCCCAACCUGAAGAUCAAGGUGUACAACUCGUCCGGGGUGGUCUCGCCGCAGGACGACGCUGCCGACUUCGCGUCCAAGCUCUCACCCAAGCUAUCGCACGCGCUGCUCGACGGCGACACCAUGGGCCGGCGCAUGGAGAGCCUGGCGCGUGGCCGUGACCCCUCCUGCACUGCCUUUGGCUCCUUUAACUCCCUCGGAGGGCACCUCAUCGUGCCCAACUCGGGUGUGAGUUUGCUGGUGCCUGCAGGUGCUGUCCCUCAGGGUCGAGUGUAUGAGAUGUACGUGACUGUGCACAGGAAGGAGACCAUGAGGCCUUCGGUGGAUGACACCCAGACUGUUCUGAGUCCAGUGGUAAGCUGCGGGCCACCAGGAGCCCUGCUGACCCGCCCAGUGAUCCUCACCAUGCACCACUGUGCCGAGGCGGACAGCGAGGACUGGCUCAUUCAGCUCCAGAACCAAUCGCAGCAGGGCCACUGGGAGGACGUGGUGGUCGUGGGAGAGGAGAACUUCACCACUCCCUGCUACAUUCAGAUGGACGAGGAGGCGUGUCACAUCCUGACGGAGACCCUGGGGACGUACUGCCUGGUGGGCCAGUCUGUCAGCACCUCCACCACCAAGAGGCUCAAGCUAGCCGUGUUCGGCCCCAUUACCUGCUCCGCCCUGGAGUACAACAUCCGGGUGUACUGCCUGGACGACACCCAGGACGCCCUAAAGGAGGUUCUGCAGAUGGAGAAACAGAUGGGCGGGAAGCUCCUGGACGAACCAAAGAGUCUGAACUUCAAGGACAGCACCCACAACCUGCGGCUGUCCCUACACGACGUCCCCCACACGCUGUGGAAAAGCAAACUGCUCGCCAAGUACCAGGAGCUACCCUUUCAGCAGGUGUGGAGUGGCUCCCAGAGAAACCUUCACUGCACCUUCACUCUGGAGCGUUUCAGCAGCGCCACGCUGGAGCUCGCCUGCAAGCUGUGCGUUCGGCAGGUGGAGGGCGAGGGCCAGAUCUUCCAGCUCAACACCACGAUGUCCGAGGACUCUCAGUGCAUUGACACCUCCCUGCUCGACCCAGCCAGCAACAUCACUGCGCUGGUGGGGCCCAACGCCUUCCGCAUCCCCCUGUCCAUCCGGCAGAAGCUGUGCAGCAGCCUGGACGCCCCCCAGACCCGCGGCAACGACUGGCGCAUGCUGGCACACAAACUCAACCUGGACAGGUAUCUGAACUACUUUGCCACUAAGUCCAGUCCGACCGGUGUGAUCCUGGACCUGUGGGAGGCUCAGCACUUCCCCGAUGGCAACCUGAACCGCCUGGCUGCCGUCCUUGAGGAGAUGGGUCGCCAUGAGAACAUUGUGCCCAUGGCAACCGAGCACUGACACGUCGACGCUGAGGCGGGCGCAGGACGUUCCCGGGAGGGUUGGGUGGGGUGAACGGCGGAUGAAUCACAAGGAGAAGAGCGCAUCAGGUCACACACCACUGACCCAGGACAGCGGCAGAGGGGUGUGGUGAGGGGACACCGUGUGCACCCUGAGACACGGCUGUUUGUCCCACCCAGCUCCGCUGACGGCAGCCUUCGUGAGGAAGCCAACAGCCACUCAGAGACGAACGGUUUCUUUUUUUAUUUGAACCUAAAAAAAAAUUGAAAUUAAAAAAUAAAAACUCAACCUGCAAAAAUGUAGAGUAAGAAAAUGAAAGGAGAAUAUUAAAGACACACUGUACUUUAACCCCUCCGCAGGCCUGUACAGCCAAGAUCUGCUUCCCUCCGCAGGCCUGUACAGCCAUGAUCUGCUUUUGUUCUUCUUAGUUUUUUUGUUGUUUCUCUUUCUGUUUUUAUUACUAUUUUUCAAAUCAGUUUCUUAGGAAACGCGUGACUUCUGCUGUCCAGAUACUGGACCUGUUCCAUUUCUUUUAUUGGACGUGUAGGAUAAUCAGUAGUAGGCAAGAGAGUGUGUGAGUGUGUAAGCAGGGUGGAGUGUGCGAAUGUGUGAGUGGGUAUGUGCAUGGUGAGCAUGAGUAU